AUGUCGACGCUUGUACCAGAAACUCUACGUUUGGGCACGAGAACCCUCAUGCUCGUUCUCGGGCCCUUGGCAGUUGGGUUGGGUCCCUUGGAGCCCAGGUCCAUCGAGGCCGAGCUCAGGAUCCCGACGCCCCACCCCAGAAGCGAGGAUAACAUCAAAAGGGCAAACGUGGAGAGCAAUGCGCAUCAUCGAGUCGACGACGAGUCCCGUGAUCGAACCAACGACGGAAACGAAAGAGCCGUCGUCGCAGCAGAGAGGGAGAAGAAGAAAGCGGGCGGCGGCGGCGGCGGCGAAGGAGGGAAGGAGGAGGAGAUGCCGUUGAUGGCGCUGAACCAUGUGUCGAGGCUGUGCAGGUCGGUGAAGGACUCCAUAGAGUUCUACAGGAAGAUGCUGGGGUUCGUGCUGAUCGAGCGCCCGCAGGCCUUCGACUUCGACGGCGCGUGGCUCUUCAACUACGGCAUCAGCAUCCACCUGGUCCAGUCCCACGCCGAGGACCGGCUCCCCCCGGACUCUCACCCUUUGGACCCCAUGGGCAACCACAUCUCCUUUCAGCUUAUCAUCUCGAACUUGACCCGUUGUGAGGACAUGAGUGCGGUGGAGCACAAGCUAAGGGAGAUGGGUGUAGAGUACAUGAAGAGGACGGUGGACGACGACGACGAGAGCGGGGCGUCCACCGACCAGCUCUUCUUCACCAACCCUGACGGAUUCAUGAUCGAGAUCUGCAACUGCGAGAACCUCAAGCUCGUCCCUGCCGGCUCUCUGGGCAAGAUUAAGCUCCCCUUCGACCGGCACAACCCGCUAGUCGAAUUGAACAAGGAGGAGGAGAGCUAAUUAUAAUCGCGGUUUCAUCUGUUGUGAAAGGUUGGUGUUGGAGUGCUUGUUCUUAGGUCCUGUAUCAAGAACGCUCGUGUGCUUGUUCUUAGGCAUACAAGCGUUGGGGAAAGGAAAGGUUUGUUUGUAAAUUGGUAUAUCCAUUUUGGACAUUAGGCUUUAUCGACACAG